GCUGCCGCUGAACUCGCUUGUCCCUCCAUAACGAAAAACCCACUAUAAAUACUUACGGAAGUAUCUUCUCGGUAGGAUCUGGUUCACACAAAGUCACCAAGGGCCGCCAAUAACAGCUGCUAAUCAAGGCUCAAAGCGUUAAAAGAAACCCACUUGACCUCACUCCCUCUCCUUCCUCCUCCAUCUAUGGCGGCUUUUGACUUCUUGUAGUCCAAUUUUAUUCUUAUUAUUGCUUCACAAUUGUUAAAAUUCGUUCUUGCCCUUCUCUCAAUCAAUCAAUCAAUCUAUAGUAAAUGGCAGAUGUUGUUCGAUUACCUUUGUUUCACUCGCUUCGUUUGUCUUCUUCUUUGCUCACUUCCUCUUUAGCCUCCAACUUGAAUUCUCUCCCACCUUAUCUGAAUAAUAAUCAUAGUUCAGAUAAGAGGAUUUACCCUUUAAUUUGUUCUUCUACUGGUUCUGUUUCUCGCUUAGCUUAUUUGCCCAGGAAACAAUUGCUUUCUUUCAAGCAGGUACAUGCAACUGUUGCUGAAACUGACCAGCCAAAAUGGUGGGAAAAGAAUGCAGGACCGAACAUGAUUGACAUUCAUUCUACACAAGAAUUUCUGAGUGCAUUAAGUCAAUCUGGAGAUAGAUUAGUUAUUGUUGAAUUUUAUGGAACAUGGUGUGCAUCUUGCCGAGCAUUAUUUCCAAAGCUCUGCAGGACAGCCGAAGAAAAUCCAGAUAUUUUAUUCUUGAAAGUGAAUUUUGAUGAGAACAAGCCUAUGUGCAAAAGUUUGAAUGUUAAAGUGCUUCCUUACUUCCACUUCUAUCGUGGUGCUCAUGGACAACUAGAAUCUUUUUCAUGUUCACUUGCUAAGUUUCAAAAAAUAAAGGAUGCUAUUGCAACGCACAACACAACCCAAAGCAGCAGCAGCAGCAGCAGCGGCGGCAGUCCAUCAAUGGGAAUUGAAGAAAUUACUCUUGAAUCAGUAUCGACUCCAAGAGAGAAGCCAACAGGAGCGGCAUAAACAUAGGGCUUUUUAGUUUAAAUAUUUGUCUAUAUAACAUGCUAUCUGGUGUAUUAUGCUGCCUGUCUAAUAGACCUCCAUGGCAUGGUAUCCACUGUUAUUCUGUAUAUUUUCAUUUUUCUUUGUAAAAGAAUCAAAGCAAAAAUUCUCAUCCAGGCAUUCUUUGUAAUUCUUGCUCUGCCUGUUAUGUUUGUACCUCAAAAACUCUUAAAUGGAAGUGAAACUUCACUUGGGAGUAAUUUUUACCUGA